AUGGCUGCUCAUCAUGAUGAUACUCGGUUUUACGUAACUGAUAUCGUUAUAAACGAUUAUAUGAAAUUAAUUGUUGAACGUUUCCCUAGUGUAUAUGCUUUCGAUACAUUCUUUUAUUGGUACAACGCUGUGAAGCGAUGGACAAAAAAAUUAAAUAUUUUCUCGAAGUCAAAACUGCUGAUUCCAAUAAAUAUUAAUGAAAUGGGAUAUAAGUACUGGGUACUUGUGUGCGUAAAUGUCCUUCAAAAACAAAUAUGUUAUUAUGACAGUAUAAACACUAGAGAUGUAUAUGGCUGUUCAAAUAAAAUAUUGACAUACUUAUCUUAUGAGCACAGCCAUAAAUUAGGUAACCCUCUACCGAUAGAAGAAUGGGGUGUUCAAAUGCCUGGAAACCCCAAGCAAAAUAAUGGAUUUCACAGUGGAGCAUUCAUUUGCAUGUUUGCAUAUUAUCUAGCACAUGACCAAGCAUUCAAUUUCACACAAGCAGAUAUGUGGUCUUUUAGUAUGCUAAUGGCUUGUGAGCUAACCUUAAAAAAGAUUCUGACAUCAGAAGAACAAAUAAAAUCAGAAUUGGCCGAUAAUAGUCAUUUAAAAUUAGAACGAUAG